ACUAGUUUAAAAGUGACCGUAUUAAUGAAUUUUAAACAGAUUGAGAAGUUUUAUACUAAGAUUAGUAGGAAGGAGAAGAGGAUUAGGGUUUAUUAUGAUCCAAAAUUUGCAGCUAACGGAGUGAAGGGAAGAAAGCACGCAUAUAUGAAGGAACUUGUAAAAGAGAGACAGAAAGAUCUCAGUAUUUUUGGAAAAGAUCCUUAUAUUAGUCCCUUGGAAGAGAGGGACAAGUUCCUUAAAGACCUCAAAAUCUAUAUGCAAAAGGGAUUCAAGCAUCAAUUUGAUGAUUAUCAGGAUGUUUCUGGAGAGCCAGACUCACCAGUUUUGUUUGAAACAUUUCAGAAUCGAGCUAAAUCAUUAGAUAGUUCAAACGAAAAGCUAUUGAUUGAUUUGAGAGGCUUUACUGGUAAGGUAAGUUGUUCUAAAGUUUAA